AAAAGGCACACAAUUACGGGAGAAUUGUCAUGUGCAGCGAUAAAUUUACCUCUAUAUAUACUCAUAUUUUGAUUCACAAGUGUUAUCAUGUGCUAAUGAUAAGUAAUAACUGCACAAAUGAAACUCCAGCGUUUGUUCAAGUGCAUUUAAUCGCCAGCUUUUUCGUGGAAGACUCAAUUUACUUAUAUUCAAUAAAUAAUCAAAUAUAUGUUUACCAAACUAAAAGAUGGGUUGCCACAUACAUGAAAAUUAAAAAAAAAAACAAAGUUAAAUGACGUUAGUAAGUCGUCACAGCUUACCUCAGCGAGUUGUCCCUUCUCCUCUAUUAAUGACAAUGACAUCGAAAAAUUGAAAGACACAUUGCUUAGAAUUCUCGUGUGACAUCAGUGAAUCUCAACAUCUCUGUUGAACCGAUACCUUUUGGUUAAUGUUUUGGGUAUGAAUAGAGUCAAUGCUAGACUCGUAACAAAAAAGACUUCGAGUAGAGAUCGCAAAAGAGAUGAUUGACCCUCAUCUUAGUUGAGGGUCCCACAUUUUUAAAAUGUAUCAAGUAUCGGGACGUGAGUUUAUUAAUAUGACGUCCAAAUUGUCUAACAAACAAAACCAAAAAUCGCUAAAGGCACUGAAGCUACUGAAGACCAAAGCCAAGGCAUGCUUCUAUUGGCUCAAGAGCUUAUUUCAAAAGUGAUAGUAAAAAUGUAUAAUAUCUUGUUUUUAUAUGUCGGCAAUCGGGAACAAAUUUGGUAUACAUCUGUAUAUUAUAGUUUCUAUAUUUAACCCUUAUUUAGAAUCGAGUCUUAAACCCCUUUAGGCAUUCAAAAUUCCUUCGAACAACAAACCAAAGCCACCAUAACCACAAAUAUGUUUUGAAAUAGCUGUAAUUAGUGAACUGACUUAAUGGUAAUUGGCAAAAUGUCAAGAAAACGAAACAAAUUAUGUGUUUUAUUGCCAAAAUGAAAGUAAGGUGAAUUCCAAAGCACGUUGAAUGAUUAGCUGAAACCGUUGUUUGGUGGCAGAAGCAACAAUAACGCAAAAGCAAAGCUUGAGUUUAAACCUUGACUUAACACAUCAAUUUGCAAGUACAAAAGCAAUCAUAAUUCUUAAUUAAAGUAUUGACUUAAAUUCUUGUACUAUAAAAUAAAACAACACCAUCAUGACAUCUACACCCGCAACCGAUUUGGAAGCGCAAGUCAACGUGGAGGAUCUGCCAUUGACAUUCAAGGUCAAAUACAUCGGCUCCGAGGUAGCACGUGGGUUAUGGGGUAUUAAAUUCACCCGCCGACCGGUCGAUAUCCUGGUGGGUGUAGCCAAGAAUCUACCCGCUAAGAAAGUUUUACCUCAAUGUGAUCUCACAGUAUCAACCGAUGGUGUUAGCAUCGAAAUCAUAACACCAAAAGCGAGUGUGAAUAAUUGGAGUUAUCCGAUAGAUACGAUUUCGUAUGGUGUACAAGAUUUAGUCUACACUCGAGUAUUCGCCAUGAUUGUGGUGAAAGACGAACAACAUCCGAAUCCGUUCGAGGUACAUGCCUUCGUGUGCGAUAGUCGUGCUAUGGCUCGCAAGCUGACAUAUGCUCUAGCGGCCGCAUUCCAAGAGUACUCACGACGCGUUAAGGAAUCGGGUGAACAAUCGCCUACUGAUAACAUUACGCCACACCGACAAAAGUUCGCCAUCGAUUUGCGUACACCCGAAGAGCUACAAGAGGGUGCCAAUGAGGAGACGGAGGCUUAGAUGGUUAGUUUUGUUGUUAUGGAAGAAAUACCCACGCGCCCAUGAAGUGAUCCCUUUGAGAAAAAUAUGCAUCACACGAUUAAUUAUAAGUUAAGGUUUUCACUAUGGACUUAUUUUUUUGUAGUACUUAAUUUAUUUCCUCGUUAUAUAAUAGUUUUUUAAGCCAAAAUCAUUGUAUUUAAAUUGUAGGUACUCUUCCACACGCUCUGUGGCACGCUCUGUGGCAGUCGGCUUGCGAUAAUUUUCGAAGUGAAUCCAUUCAAGAACUAAAUCCCUUCUCCAAACGAUAACUUCAAUUAACAUUUCCAUCCAAUAUUAUUUUUCAAGGGUGAACUCUUUCAAAAAACUAAUUGAUAAAUACUGAAAACACCCUUCAACAUGAAAGCUACGAUAGAUCACUCUGUACAUAAUCUUACAAUCUACACCAUUCCACCCUUUAAAAUGGAAAGAAAUAUAAUCUAUUGUUAAUAAAGAAAUACAAUGCGACCUGUGUUCUAUUCCACCUUCUCCGUGGACUCUCACACAACCAGGUAUUUUGUCUUUUUUCUAUUGGCUGCAACAAAAAUAGGAGCUGCAAACUUAACUUCGUUUCUAGAAAAGUUUACAUAUUACAUCUUUGAACCUUUAUAGAUCAUUCCCUUCGUAAUUUCGUAGUUCGCAGCCAACGCCUGUUCCUCUCCGCUUUUUUUGUUUUCUGAUAGUUUUGAAAUUUUCACUUAUGAAACGUAAAUUUAGUAAUAAUUCAACUCAUAUUCUAGGAGAAAAGAACUUCCUUCCUUCCUUCUUCAUGGCAUUUGGUUACCAAUAACCCUUUUGAGAAAUAUUACUUUAGUUUGAAAAAUAUAUAUCAAUAAAACGAGAUUUACAAAAGUAAACUCCUAAUACUUGAUUUUUAAAAACUGAAAAACUUUCGGCGAUCCCAGGUAUAGAGUAAUAAUAUAGACAGACGCUGCUUUAUAAAAACCAAAGUAUUUUUAAUGUGAUUUUAAGGUUUUUUAAAUUGUUAGAUUUAUGUUGUAAAGGCAGAACUUUACAAACGAGCAGAUUAAAUAGUUUGUUAAGAAACCACAAUUUCUAAGUUAAAUUUAAAUAAAAAGUAUUAGAAAGCGUUAUAUUUAAAUUAAUUAAAAAAAAUUUAGUGUUUUUACAAAGAAACUAUAUUUGUACAUAACUGCACUUGAACAGAUUUUCCCCUGAUACAGCUAGUUACCCAAAGUAUAAGACAAUUUAGAGUACGUAAAAAUAUAAUUAUAUUUAUAAAAAUUUAAUUAUUUUAAACAGAAACUAUAAUUUAAAACAAUAAGUAUGAAAUAAUUAAUUAUGAAAAAAUAUUGUAAAAUGAGUGUCCAGUUAUAUUGAUCCACCAAAUUUGCUGGUGAGAAAAGCAAAUUACAGGUAUAACAAUAUAUUAUCAUUGCAACGAUCACUUUAUUUCAAUUAUCACAAAAAAAACCUGAAACAAAAUUUUAAGUUUCCUAUGAAAUCAACAAUAAUUCCUUUUUUUAUUAUAAAUAUCGUAAUUAAGAACCUUAUAGGCAAAUUUUUGGAUAAUUUUUUUUAUUGUAAUUACAAAAAUUCUUACUUCAUUAUAUUAGCGAAGGAGUUUUGAAAUAUAGUUUAAUAAUCUAGCGCUAGGUCCUAAAACGACUUUAAAAAUGUGUAUUAAACCAUUUGUGUACUUAAUUUCAUGUAUAUUUAUAUAAAUGUAUGGUAUCUUUGUAUGUAAAAAAUUUCUAGACUCUACAAAUAUACACACAGUAUCCAAUGUUAUUCAA